AUGGGCAUCGCCGAGUCCACGCCGGACGAGCUGCCGUCGGACGCCGAGGAGCAGCUGCGCAGCGGCGAGCAGCAGCUGGAGCUGAGCGGGCGGCGGCUGCGGCGGCUGCCGGGCGCCGUGUGCGCGCUGGGCCGCCUGCAGAAGCUGUACGUGAGCGGCACGGGGCUGCGCGAGCUGCCCGAGGAGAUCGAGGAGCUGCGCGAGCUGCGCAUCCUGGCGCUGGACUUCAACAAGCUCGAGCGCCUGCCCGACGGCCUGUGCCGCCUGCCGCGCCUCACGCGCCUCUACCUGGGCGGCAACCGGCUGCUGGCGCUGCCCGCCGACUUCGCGCAGCUGCAGAGCCUGCGCUGCCUCUGGAUCGAGGGCAACUUCCUGCGGCGCUUCCCGCGGCCGCUGCUGCGCCUGGCGGCGCUGCAGUCGCUGCAGAUGGGCGACAACCGGCUGCGCGCGCUGCCCGCCGAGCUGCCGCGCAUGACCGGCCUGCGCGGCCUCUGGCUCUACGGCAACCGCUUCGAGGAGUUCCCGCCCGCCCUGCUGCGCAUGGGCCGCCUGCACAUCCUCGACCUCGACCGCAACCGUCUGGGCGGCUUCCCGGACCUGCACCCGCUGCGCGCCCUGCGCGUCUUCUCCUACGACCACAACCCCGUCACCGGGCCCCCGCGCGUCGCCGACACCGUCUUCCUCGUGGGCGAGGGCGCCGUCGAACGCAUGGCCGAGCGGGACGAACCGACGCCCCGGCCGCCGCCGCGCCGUCCUCGGGCCUUUGAGGAUGAGGAGGAAGAAGAUCUCCUCAUCGGGGGCGCCGCCCCCCGGGCCCUGGGGCCUCCGGGGGACAGCCUUGGAGCCCUGGAAGGGGCUCCGGGGAUGGGCACCUGA